AUUAGGUUCACUGAGCUCUUUUUUGCUCGUGAUGCUGGUUUGAAGUAAACAGGAAUAUCUGGAGGAGAAUCAUCUGAACUGAUCUUCUGCUGUGAAGAUGAUGUUUAUUAAAGAGGAGAGUGAGGAGGACACGAGUGAACCAGAAACAUGGAGAAUAAAACACGAGGAACAGGGAGGCCUCAUGAAAGUGAAAGAAGAAGGACAAGAUCUGAACGAGGUGGAGGAGGAACAUCAGGAUGUCAGUGGAGAAACUACUGAGGUCAAAAGGCCUUUCAGCUGCUCUCGGUGUGGAAAGGUGUACAAACAUAAAAGAAGCCUUAAUAAACACAUGAGAAUUCAUAGCGAGGAAAAGCCAUUCGUCUGCUCUCAGUGCGGAAACACGUUCAAGCGUGAGAGGAGGCUUCAUGAAACACAUGAGAAUUCAUGCUGCUCUCAGUGUGAAAAGAGUUUCACGCAGAAAGUACACCUUGACAAUCAUUUAGUGACACACUCCUCAGAAAAGCCUUUCAGCUGCUCUCAGUGCGGGAAGAGUUUCACACGCAAAGCUAGUCUUGAGAAGCACGUGUUGAUUCACGCCGGGAUAAAGCCCUUCAGCUGCUCGGAGUGUGGGAAGAGUUUCGUAUGUAAAGAAAUCCUGAGGAAUCACAUGGUAGUUCAUACUGGGAUAAAACCUUUCAGCUGCUCUCAGUGUGGAAAGACUUUCACGCAGAAAGGACACCUUAAGGAUCAUCUGGUAACUCACUCUUCGGAAAACCCUUUCACUUGCUCUCAGUGCGGGAAGAGUUUCACGUGUAAAGGAUACCUUAAGACUCACAUGUUAAUUCAUGCUGAAAUAAAGCCUUUACCUGCUCUCAGUGUGGGAAGGGUUUCAUAUGCAGAGGAAACCUGA